CAGUGCGUCUUACACAAAUCUAUGCGCUGAACAAAAAAAUGAUUUCGCUUGUAACCUGUAGCCACAAUAUUAGGUACACCAUGUAAUGAGAGCCAAUAUACGUACAUCAGAGCUCUAUUUGCCUUUACAUAUUCAAUUUGUAGUGAGUCCAAAUGUAAAUUUUGCUUAAAUGUUAAUUAAUUGUUUCCAAAAUAGAAAAUACCUGGAAUUUUUAAACUAUAAUAGUCCAUUUCUUGAAUCCGUUUUGAACCCGAUAGAUAGGAUGUCUCAUUAUUAUUAUUAUUAUUAUGAGGAACCAACAUUUUUUCACUCUCAAACCCAAAUCUCCCGUCUCACCUUUUGAACCUCAGAAAGGCUAAAAUGACAACAGACAUCGACAAAAUCAUACAUUUUUCUCCCCACAAGUAUCUGUACUCAAGUAUAAAGUGAAAGCUUUUGCAUCGGAAAACUGUGCCAAAUAGGAACUUCAUGACAAGGUUAUGAAUGGCCAGGCCGCUUAACAAUCAACUUGCAGUCAACCAUACAUUCCACAUGUAGCAUGUGCAGAAGGCAAUUCAAAGAACUCGGACAUACGCAAGUCUUGAUCGAGUGGUACAAUUGCUGUCUUUGUUCUUUGGAUGCCUGCAUUUGUUCUUUUUAUGCUGAUUUCCACCCCUCCUAUCAGCUUGCAGCUCAGACUCCAGUGUGUGCACUCAAUGGCCCUCUGUAUGGAGACACAGGACUAUACAGGCCUCUCCUCCCUCGCUCCAUCACUCCCCUCCCCCCUUGUGUGUUACGCUCUCACUCACUCACUCUCUCUCUCUGACAAGUGCUUGUCCCCUGACAGUGACCCUGAUGUCACAGGGACCCGAGACUCCCUGCAGUGCUUCAUUCAGCAAGAUGGCUCUUGGAUUAGAAAGUUAAGAGAGGGAGGCGGCCUGAGGCAUCAGGUGCGCCUGCAGCGGCGCCGCGAAAUUGGAGAUCGGGGAGAUCUGUUAUCUGUGGACAUGUGAUGAGUUGAGCAUGCAUGCAACUUUUCUGCCUCUCGUCUGCGUGCGUCAAGAUCACAUGCAAGAAAUGCUGGCGUAGGCGGUAGAUCAACUUGUGGGAUGUGAAGGGAAUAAGGCAAUGGUGAUGGACAAGGGUCACGUCCUGCUGGAUUGGAUUUAUUAUUUAUGGAGUUGUUUUACAGGUAAGCCUUGGAUUUUCUCGACCAUGGCGACAAUACACGGGAAGCACUGGAGGUCCAUGUGCAAGCGUUUCAUCCUUGGUGUCCUGCUGACCAGCUGCAUUGUCCUCCUUUACUGCCUUUCCAUGACCCAAGUUCCCUUGAGCAUGCCUGAAAUUCCAGUGCCUUACUCCUGUGCCCACCGUCCAUCCCGGCUGCCCAGCAGACGAAGCAGCAACAGCUCACACGAAAACACAGGGAGGCUGUGCACCCCCAAAGUGGACAUCAUGUUCAUGAAGACCCACAAGUCGGCGAGCAGCACCUUCCUCAACAUCCUCUUCCGCUUUGGAGAGAAACAUCGACUGAAGUUUGCUUUUCCUGACAGCAGGAAUGACUUUUUCUAUCCCGCCUUUUUCCAGCGCUCCCACGUUAAAGACUACAAACCCGGAAUGUGUUUCAAUAUCAUCUGUAAUCACAUGCGUUUCAAUGCCGCCGAGGUAGCCAAGUUGCUUCCCCUUGAUACCGUCUACAUCACCAUUCUCAGAGACCCCGUAGAGCUUUUUGAGUCGUCCUUCCACUACUUUGGCCGGCUGGUGCCUUUCACCUGGAAGAUAGCGGGAGAUGACAAGCUGGCCGAGUUCCUCCGUAACCCCCACUACUACUUUGACCCGGAAGGCUUCAACGCGUUCUACCUCAGGAACCUGCUGUUCUUUGACUUGGGACAGGACAACACUCUCGAGCCGGACGAUCCGCGGGUUGACGAGGGAAUCAGGUCCAUCGCGGAGCGUUUUCAGCUGUUCAUGUUGGCGGAACAUUUUGAGGAAUCCCUCAUUCUGCUCAAGGAUGCUCUCUGUUGGGACAUGGAUGACCUCAUCUUCUUCAAGCUCAACGCCCGCAAGGGGUCAACUGUCUCCAAACUCACACCCAACCUGAGGGCCAAAGCCCUUGAGUGGAAUGCUCUUGACUGGAAACUGUACCAGCACAUGAACCGCACCUUCUGGAGGAAAGUGGAUGCUUACGGAUGGCAGCGCAUGGCGGAGGACGUGGCGGAGCUCAAAAGGAGGAACGCGGAGAUGACAGCCACCUGCAUUGAAGGCGGACAUGCCGUCGAUGCUGGCAGCAUCCAGGAGAGCGUCAUGCAGCCGUGGCAGCCAGUCGGGGAGAAAUCCAUCAUGGGAUACAAUCUGAAGAAGAACAUUGACAAGGCCCACAUUAAGUUGUGCCGCAAGAUGUUGAUGCCGGAAAUUCAGUACUUGAGUGAGUUUGGGGUCAACCUGUGGAUCACCAAACUGUGGGGCCACAUUAGAGAUAUCAUUAACUGGUGACUGAUUACGAGCAAGUGGGGACAAAUACGGGUAAAUAAGUGACCAAUGGGGAGCAAAGGGAUUCCGAGUUCUGUGACAUUUCAGUCAGCUACUUAUUCUAAUGAAUGCAUGCUUGAUAGAAAUAUUUCACAAUACAGUAUAUAGGUACAGUACUGAACUAAGUUGUAUAUUCUCUGUUUAUUGAAGCGGUAAAAUAUUUAUUGGAUUAAACAGUACGUGUCCUUGAUCUUUUUCCAUCUUUGCCAACUUCUGUUGAAAGACAACCUGAUAAGAACAUACCACAGUCCCGAAGAGAAUUUUAGAAAACAAAUUCCUAAUGACGUAAAAAUUCAUGAAUUGAAAACAAGUUAGAUUGGAAAACAGAACGUUUCACUCGCCUCUGCCUUCAUACUGUGAAUGACCAUGUCAUUUUGUUGUAAAAGAGCUUUAAAUACAAAAACAAUACAAUAUAAUAUAAAUACAGUAUAAAA